ACAGCGAACUUGAGUUUAAAAUGAGCUCCGGUUCGACCUGUGCUGUAUCUGGUUGUUACAACAACUCGAAAAAACUCAAGGGUUUUUAAGAAAAUAUCUGUAUUGAACACCAAAAAAUCAGGGAUGAAUGUCCGUGCCCUGCGCCGUAUGCAUUACACUGUAUGCCGACUAAAGAGGAGAGGAAACAGGCUUGGCUCGCGGCUCUAAAAUUAAAAAAUCCUCCGAAGAGAGUGUAUGUGUGUUCGUUUCAUUUCGUCGAUAAGAAGCCCACGGAGCUGCACCCGGACCCUGAGCUAUACCACAAUCAACAAGGCAAGCGGAAACUAAUUCAGGAAGCUAACGGACCUGGCGAGAAGAUGUCGGAAGAGGCGGUGCGUCAGACUCGUAGUCAGAAGCGGGCUCUGGAGCGAGAUGCCCCUGCUUCGGAGGCCGACUUGAAAAAGGUCAAGCUGGAGAGAGGAGAACUGGGAGCUGUAGAUGGACUGAAGACCAAAAGUGAACAGGCCAACAAGGUGGCUAACAUCCUGCGGGCUGGGGAGGUGAAGGCCACCAUCAAGGUGGAGGUACAGACCAGCGACGAGCCUGUGGACAUGAGCACAUCUAAGAGCGACAUAAAGAAAGAGCGACCUUCGACGCCAGAUGAUGAUGUCAUUGUUUUGUCAGACAAUGAGCCUUCUAGUCCUUGUAUGAAUGGGGUCAGCUACAGUUUUAAGAAGACAGAUACCGAGAUGCUAAUGAAAAGCAGCCCGGCAGAACGGGAGCACAUCAUAAAGCAGCUGCAAGAAGAACUGCGUCUGCAGGAGGCCAAACUCGUCCUGCUGAAGAAACUCCGGCAGAGUCAGACACAAAAAGACGUUGUGCAAAAGUCAACCAAUUCUGUGGCUGCUCCUCCACCUCUCGUCAGGGGCAGCAUCUCAUCCACUAAAGGACCCCUUCAGGUCUCCAACCGAAACUCAGGGACAGUCAUUCCUCCUCCUCUGGUUCGAGGUGGAGCGCAGGUCUCCAAGCACGGCUCUGUAGUCAUGCCACCCUUAGUCAGAGGCUCACAGCCCAUUGCCGUGACCCCGCAGCAGAUUGCGACCCUACGGCAGCAGCAGCACCAGCACUCGGGGUCUGGUCCUCCUCCUCUCCUGCUGGGCGCGCGCACCUCUGUACCCAGCGUGCAGGUGCAGGGCCAGAGGAUCAUUCAGCAGGGCCUGAUCCGGGUCGCCAGUGUAGCCGGCACAAACGUCCUGGUCUCACAGGCCUCUUCAACCGGUUUGAAGACCUCUCAGUCUGGUCUGGGCAGCAGCACCUCAACUGUCAACUCCAACGAUUCUCCCGCCAGCCGGCAGGCCGCCGCCAAACUUGCGUUACGGAAACAGUUGGAGAAAACCCUCCUUGAGAUCCCACCACCUAAACCUCCAGCACCAGAGCUCAAUUUCCUGCCCUCGGCAGCCAAUAAUGAGUUCAUAUACCUGGUGGGGCUGGAGAUGGUGGUGCAGAACCUGCUAGACACACUGGCUAAAAGUAAGCAGCCGCAGACUGAAUCUGCAUCAACCACGGCACCCAAGGAGCCUUUUAAGUGUUCCCAGUGCCAGACAGACUUCACCUCUCGCUGGAGGCAGGAGAAGAGCAACGGCUCCAUCCUGUGUGAGCAUUGCAUGAGCUCCAACCAGAAGAAGGUGCUGAAGGCCGAGCACACCAGCCGCCUGAAGGCCGCAUUCGUCAAAGCCCUGCAGCAGGAGCAAGAGAUCGAGCAGCGCAUCCUGCAGCAGGCCGCCUCCUCGCCCGUCUCCAAGACCACCACCACCUCAUCUUCGUCGUCCUCAUCCUCGCCGGUGAUUAAAUCCGAACACGUGCUGGUGUCUCCGCAGUACAAGCAGGUGCGCACGUCGCUGGCCCAGCAGACCAACAGAGGGACGUCGGUCGGUCGCUACCACACCAUCACCACUAAGCAGACUCCAGGCCAGCUGUCCCGCAGCAUACAGCAGGCGGUGAGUGCGGGCGCACGCGGGGUGAGCCACAGCUUCUCCACGUCCUCUCAGCUCCAGAACGCCGUCACGGCCGCCGCGCUGGUCAGCAGGCCAGGUAAGCAUGUCGUGAGGGCUGGGGAAAAGGGCUCCAGCAGCAGCAACCCCAACACCAAUACCUGGAGGAAACAGAACAGCGGCACCACAGGUGUCACCAUGGCUUAUGUCAACCCCAGUCUGUCCGUGCACAGGACUACGUCUCCGGUGGACCGUCAGCGAGAGUACCUCUUGGACAUGAUCCCUUCCCGCUCCAUUUCCCAAACGGCAAACACAUGGAAGUAGUGCCCUGAUUAAAUCACCCUCAAUUUUCACACAAUUAUAGUCCUGUCUUGUUGGACAUUUGGUCGGUUAUCAGUAUCAGACAACCAGCCCUUAAGCAAUAAUAAAAUUAAAAAAUUAUUAUAUUUUCUCUCUAUUUCUCCUGUGUUCCGAGACCCUCAGUUGUACAGUCUAAGGUAAGACCCCAUAGGCCAACAAGUGUCCUAGAGAAGAACUGUACCUGGAUCAGAGAUCAAGGAGACACAAGGACCUUUUCUUCAGGCCUUUGUAUCCAUCUACUGAAUUUCUCCAUUACCCAAUGGGCUUUAGUGAUCUAAUACACAUCCAUGGUGGUGAUAUCACCCACAACUCUCAAUUUACGGCCCUCCAGGUGGAGAAAUUCCUCCAUUAUGUGAAACUAAAGCCUCCGUUCAGCAUUUUCAGAGACUCAUGGACAUGCUUACCCACAGAAAGUGGAGGACACAGGACCGGAGAGAUCCUGCGUGACGCCACGGAUUGACCUUUUUGUGGACCAUCUACAUGCUAUCCAAUCACUUCAGCUACGAUUUCUGCCCCACAGCGUCUCAUGAACAGAUAUGAAAGUGUAUGUUUGUGUAUUUGAUGUCAAUACAUUGCUUUUUUUGUUUUGUUUUUAAGCUUCACUGUGGACUCAUUCCACCCUUUUCAAAAUGGCCUUUUUUAAAGGCUACGAGUUUACGGAAUUGUUAUACUGUUGAGGUGGUUAUACAUCUGCUGGUGUAGUGUGUGUUUUUAAAUACUUUGGGUUGUUUCUUUUUUUUCUUUGUAAGCUUCUUAAAGACAUUUAACCAAGAGUUGUGCAUCAGGGAUGGUUACAGAGAUGGACGUAACUAACAAAAAGCAGCAGCCACAACAGGACUACUACUUCUAGACCUUCAUGUUUGUGCGAUUUGUUAAUCAGAUGAGUCUGACGGUAGCUCAUUUUUAUUUUUCUUACAGGAACAAUUGAUAUAUUACGUUACACUUUGUUACCGUUGUGAUGUGCUCCCCCUUAGGCUUUCUUGUAACAGCAUCUAGGUAAUAUUUGGAUGUUGUGUUAUUUAUAAAUGUCACUUUAGAUGAAGGAAAUCCUGUUAGCUCCUUCCCAAAUAGCUUCAAAGGGUUGUGAAUUUAAGAUUGGACUGUAUUUAGGGUGUAUAAAUGCAAAUUUUUUUUGUUUAAAGCACAAUUCGUUUGUGUCCCGUCUACCAUUUUAGAUCCUGUUGGAAGUCGUACCGCUUAAGUCACGGCUUUAUCUUUCCUUAAAGGAAAUGUUUGGGUUGAAAGCAUUUCUGCUUAUUGAAUGUAGCACACAAUCUUAGCUAAAUGAAAUUGAGUCCUACCUGUCAGGUGGUGGUCAUGUUAUUUUUACCAUCUCUUAUUUUCCUUUCAUCCGAUUUGGUUUGCUAGCAGUACGCUCUGUAUUUUAGCAGUUAUGUAUAUUAUAUACUACAGCUCGGGUCCUUAGUCAUUGCAGUACAACAAACACAUCAAGUAAGGUCUGCUUCAGUCGAUUCAUCUUUUUCUUUUCUCGGAAUGAUCCGUUCCGUGAUCUCGAAUGCCUGUGUAGUGUUUCGGUCACAAAAGCUGACUGUUGUUCUGACUACUGCCUGCUGCUGACAACUAACACCAUUCCAUGUCCCCCGGGAUGCUGCCAUUGUGCACAUCUCUUUUAUGAAUUGUUUAAAAAAAAAAACCACACAAAAAACCUUAUUUUUUUUCAUCUGUUUCUGCUCUAUCAGCUAUUAAUUAUAAUAAAAACUAAUUUUAACCA